AUGGCGAAGAAGAAAACCGCCAAGAAGGACGGCGGCGAAGGGCCGCAGGACGCGAAGAAUCGCAAGGCUCUGGCGAAGGAGCAGAAGCGACAGAGGCAGGAGCAAAAAGCGAAUCAGAAGCGGCUUAAAGUAGAGAAAAAGAAAAAGCAAAAAGAAGGCGGAGAUCUUAUGCACGAUGAAGAAGACAUCGAGGAGUUGGUGAAGCGCCUUGAUCAGGAACGCGAGGCCCUCAACGCGGUCGUGGUGCAAGUCGCCUCGCAGCCAGCCCCCCGCGCACACGGCUCCUUCACCGUGCUGCCCAACCAAGACGUUCUCAUGUUUGGAGGCGAGCGCUACGAUGGUCAGCGUGUGCAGGUUUUCGGCGACCUGCAUCGCUGGAGCGUGGAGAAAAACGAGUGGAAGCGAAUUCUCUGCCCGCUGAUGCCGAAGGCGCGAUGCAGCCACCAGGCCGUGCUCUACAACGACCACGUCUAUCUCUUUGGCGGAGAGUUCAGCACAUUUUACCAGUUUUUUCACUUCAAAGAUCUCUGGAAAUUCUCUCUUAAGACCAGCGUCUGGACAAAGCUCGAAGUCGCGAAUGUCACGGAACUCCCUCAAGCCCGCAGUGGGCAUCGGCUGGCGAUCUGGCGAAACGUCCUUGUGCUCUUUGGCGGUUUCCACGACACCACGAGGGAGACGCGGUACUUCAACGACCUCUAUCUCUACUUCUUCAACGAAAACAAGUGGCGGCGCGUCGAGUUCCCUCCGCAUGCGUCAGUCCCGACGCCGCGCUCGGGCUGUCUGUUCCUCACCUACCCGCAGGGCGACUGCAUCUUCAUGCACGGCGGAUUCGCGAAAAUCAAAGAUACCGCGAAGAAAGUCCAGGGCAAAACGUACACUGACACGUGGAUUUUGAACCUGAAGCCGCUUAUCAAAGACCCGCGGAAGGAAGUCCCGGUCUGGGAGAAGAUUCGCAACGUGGGCGCGGUGCCGUCUCCGAGGACAGGCAUGUCGGGUGCAGUCUUCAAACACUCCGCGAUCGUCUUCGGAGGCGUCGCGGACGACGAUGACGGCCGAGUGAAACUGAAGAGUACCUUCUACAACGAUUUGUACUCCUUUGACAUGGAAAGGAAGCGGUGGUUUGAGCUGACACUGAAGGGCGAGAAGGAGAAGAAGAGUAAAGGAGCCGCUCGACAGAAGCGCAAGGCAGCUGCGGAGAAAGAUAGCGCGUCGAGCAGUGACAAAGAGACGCGCGGAAAAGACGAUGACAACGAUGUCCAAGAAGACGAAGACGAUGAAUGGCAGAAUUCGUUCGCGUACUUUGACGAGAAGGGACGCCUCGUGCGCAUGCGUCUCGACGAGGGGAACCCGCCAGAGGCGCUCGGCUCGCACGCGCGUGCUUCUGUCGCUUCAUCCUCCUCCGCUGCCUCUGCCUCCGACGUGGCUUCCUCUUGCUCCUCUUCGUCUUCGGCCUUCACGUUCUCGUCGUCCACGGCGUCCCCCGCCGCCGCGACUGCGCGCGGCGGCAAGCAAUUCGGCGGAGACGGCUCUGUGAACUUUGCUAAGGCUCUCGCGUCUUCAGAGGCCGCUCUUCGCGGCGCCUGCCUGCAGGCCAGCGGCAGCGCGUCUGACGCGUUCAGCUGCGGGUCUUCGGUCUAUCGAGCGGAGGUCUCUGGGGACGCGCCGCCAGCCCCCGCGAAGACGCGCUCUUCCUCCUCCUCUGCCUCGUCCUGCUCGUCGUCCUCUGCGUCUGCCUCCGGCACGUCGACUUCAGCUGCGCUUCCCUCCUCCGUCCCGCGGUCUCAGCUCUUCUUUCGAGGCGACGCGCCGUUGCCGCGCCUGCACGGACACCUCGCCAUUCGCGGCAACUCCCUGCUGCUUUAUGGUGGCCUCAUGGAGCUCGACGACAAGGAGGUCACGCUCGAUGACUGCUGGAUGCUCAACCUCAGCAAACGCGAGCGAUGGCAGCGUAUCCUCGCCGGCACGAUGCACGAACAGGAGUGGCUGGGCGACGACGAAGACGAAGAAGAUGAAGAUGAACAAGUAGACGAAGAAGAAGGCAGCGACGCAAGCAGCGAUGAAGACUCGACUGAAGAGAGCUCCGACGAGAGCAGCUCGAGCGAGUCCGAAAGCAGCGACGAAGAAAAUGAGGGGGAUGUGGAGGAGAGCGGGGCGUCGUCUGGGGACGGCGAGAGCCUGUCGAGCUCCUUGAGUCCCGCCUCCCCGAGCGCUGCCGUCGGUGCGGAAAGCCGACACGCGAAGCGCGAAGACGAUGCAGCGCCCGGCGCGGUCGCGCGAGAAGACGCCUCCUCCGACGAGGAGGAGGACGACGAGACGCCGCAGCUGCUGCGGCAGGGCGAAGAGCCCGUGACGGAGGCUUCGCCGGUCGAUGCGCAAAGCACGACCAGCACUGCAGAUCCCGCCUCGCCUGUUGGUCGCCCGAGCGGCGAACGCGAGAAGAAGAAAACAAAGUCCGCAGCAGCCAAGAAGAAGCGGAAGGCGGCGCGAGAGAAAUCGUACCGGGAAGAAGUUGAAGAACUCAAGGAGAAGUACAGACUGCAUGACAUGGACGAGACUCCGCAAGAAGGCGAGACUCUGCGGCUCUUCUUCGACCGAACAAAGCAGCACUGGAUAGAGUCCGUUGUACUCGAGGCGCGAAAAGAAGGCGCUGAGAGCAGCAGCCGCGAUUUGUUGCGAGACGACAAAGAGCUCAAGAGGGCGGCGUUCGCCGCGGCUUCUCAGCGAUACGAAGAACUCUUGCCUUGUCUGAAGCGGCUUGAAGAGCUCCAGCUGCAGCAGGAGGAACAGAGUGAAGAAGAGUCCGCAGGCAGAAAAAAGAAGGGCGGCAAGCCCAGCAUCACGGCGUCGGGCGGCCUACGGCGCGUGCGAUGA